CACUUUGGUGGCAGCCACUACACUAUCAACAGCCAGGCGGACAAGUCUCUCGUGCUGGAUUCUCCCUAUGCUGCUCUACCACGACAUAUAGUGCAUCAACGCACCACUUGUGAUAGUACGUGUGUGAAUGGUUCCCAACCUCAACAUUACCAAUCCGUACAUCUCCACUGGAUCGUUGGAACGUCGUAUACGUCACUACGUCAAAUGCGCUCAAUACGUGUGUGAAGCCUCAAGCCGAUCUUUAAUGAACGCAGCGAGGGAACAGUUUUACGCUGGCAAAAAACAUCUGUAUAGAAGACAAAUCGGGUGUAAGUUCGUGCUGGCAGUAUGGGCAGGUCCCAAACAAAGGCGUUCCCUUUGA